CUCUCCUACCUGAGCCGUAUGGGCAAUACCAGGAGCCAGUGGGAAAAUUACAGGAGCAUGAGGCCGACACCCCCACAAGAAAUACCUGGCGGUUGGAUAGGAGACAUGGUACCCACAGGUGCAGAAAGUGGAAGGACUGCCCUUUUGUUGAAGUGGGCAAUAGUUUUUCGAGUAGUGCCCAAGAACGGACCUACACUGCUCAUACGUUUGCAAAUUGUAAUACUGUAGGUUUAGUGUACUUGGCUCAAUGUGAGUGCGGAAGUAAAUAUGUUGGCAAGACCUGUAGAGCCUUCAAGAAAAGGAUCUUGGAGCAUGUUGGGGAUGUUUGCAACAAACGCGAUAAACCGCUCUCAAGACAUGUAAUGCUUCAUCAUGGAGGCAAUGUUAACACAUUGCGAUUCUCCAUGAUUGAGACAAUAAAACACUGCAUCAGGGGAGGAGACUUUUUAAAAUUUUAAAACAAAAGGAAUCCAAAUUGAUUUCUGUGUUAAACACCAUUUCACCCUCUGGUCUUAAUGACAAUAUUGAUUUUUCAUGUUUUUUAUAGUCGGCCAUCUCAGCAUUUCAUCUAGGACAGGAGACCGUAUGUUUUGGACCCGGUUAUGAACGGGUAACAGCUUGGAACAUGUGGCCAUUCCCUAAACUGGGCAUCUUUACUCCCUCUACUACCCUCUCAAUAAUUGAUUACUUAGAUGGGUCUCGCCAACAUCUACCGUCCGGCAUAGGCCUAAAUUUCCACCUCCUUUUCCUUUUAUUAUUUUAUCUUUUUCCUCUCCCUACUAUUUUUUAUGUUCCACGCAAUACUGUCUUAAUGAAAUUACACAUAGGUGCCUGCAGUGGCCCAUUCAUGUCAUGAUAUCCUUAUCUAUGUAGCAGGUUGACAUGCACUGAAUCGGGGUCCGGGCACCGAUCAUGUGACUAGAAGUGAUCAUAUGGCUUGGGCCGCAGUAAUGUGAAGCGCGAUCACAUGACCUUACUGGUUUGAUAGGUGACUGGCGCCACGUCCUCACUGGGGGCCGAAUACCAUUCUUGCUAUUGGGGAUAGCGUCCUAUUACUUGUUCAGGUAACCACAACCCCUUAUCUAUUCAGCGGCCUAUUUAAACCUUGUAAACCGACUUUCUCUUGCCACUCCACUAUACUGACCGAUGAUGUGACACAGGUAGGCCUUGUGGCUUCCGUUCCUGAGCAGUGCUUCCCCCUUUAUGACACCCUUUGUAUCGUUAUCUGUCCCUGAUACAUUUCUGUGUUAUUUCAUUACAGACAAUUUGUCAGGCUGGUUACCCUUCUUAACUUCUGUGGGUUAAACAUAUGGGGGCACGCAAGUACCGUUUAUUUUGACAAAUAAUUGUUUGAGCAACAUCUAAUUCGCACCUUGCAUGUGGAGACAUAUAUAUAUAUUUUUUACCGGUAUUAACUGUGAGGGGGUCAUUGGGCCCAUAGCCCUAUUAUACCAUUUAUUUGUCAGCAAAAUGUCUUAUCAAAUGACUAACUGGUGUAAAUAGAUUUGCUGACCAUCAGGUUUGAUCAUACUCUGAUGAGCCCAUUUUAUGUACUGGGCGAAAUGCGUUGGAAUGAAGGGUCCUAUACUUUGUGUAACCAUCUUUGGAAACUAAAGGUGUCUUUUGGCAUAUAAUUUGAUACUGCAGAAAUUGCAUUGGGCAUCUACUCAUUCAUUGUUAUGUAUUCAGCAAUUAUUUAUUUUGAUGUACUGCUUUCAUUAUUUUGUGUAUUUAGAGUAGGUCAUUGAAUUGACCUGUAAUCCAUUUUUAGGGCCAUCUAAGGGCUUGUAGGCGGUUUCUGAAUACGGGAUCGCCCUUAUCGGGGCGGAUAUUCCAUUCUAUAGGCAGGGCUAUACAGUGUAGACCACCACCACCCUGCCUAUGGUAUUGUCCCAUCCCGUAUUGUGGAAUUUUGAUUAUCAUUGUGUCUUCAUCAAUUUAUUAUAUUUUUUUCUGUUUAAUAUAAUAAUUCUUGUGGGGUUAUUUUAGUUAGUUAAUAAAGGCUACGUUUUAGAUUUGGGUGGUAUUCUGUGAAUAGUCUACUUGGAUUUAUACUAGUAUAUUGACCCUCUAAUGGGCUAUUGUCUUAGCUGUGACUUCUCUACAGUUAAAUCCAGUAAGAUGACAACACCGGAGAGAUAUCCCACUCCUCUUCUUCCACAGGAUGGUUCAGAAGAACAUCACAAUGUCCCAUGGGAUGAUGAUCAGCUUGUGAAUCCGGGUGAAGAUCUGAACAUUAUAUAUGUUACAGAGACAGAUGUGAGGGGUGAUGAGCAGAGUAUAGAGGACAUUCCUACAGAUAACUGCACAGAUGAUCCUACCAAGAGCCCAGAGGGACAUCUGAUGGCUUCAUAUUUCAAAGUUAAUAAUCAUGGUAUAACAGAAGAUACAUAUAAAGAGCAUUUCAUUAUAUCAGAUAGACCCUCCAUCCCUCUAUCACAGAAGAAAAGUCGCACAAGGGGUGAUAAACAUCAAAGAGGUCACAAAGUGAGAAAGCCAUUUUCAUGUUCAGAAUGUGGGAAAAAUUUUGUUAAAUCAGCUCUUGUUAUACAUCAAAGAAUUCACACAGGGGAGAAACCGUUUUCAUGUUCAGAAUGUGGGAAAUGCUUUAUCCAGAAAUCCGUUCUCAUUAAACAUCAAAGAACUCACACAGGGGAGAAACCAUUUUCAUGUUCACAAUGUGGAAAAUGUUUUAUAAAUCAAUAUAAUCUUGAUAAGCAUCAUAGAAGUCACACAGGGGUGAAGCCAUUUUCAUGUUCAGAAUGUGGGAAACAUUUUAGUGUUAAAUCGGCUCUUGUAAUGCAUCAUAGAAUUCACACAGGGGAGAAGCCAUUUUUAUGUUCAGAAUGUGGGAAAUGUUUUAUCCAGAAAUCAGAUCUUGUUAAACAUCGGAGAAUUCACACAGGGGAGAAGCCUUUUUCAUGUUCAGAAUGUGGGGAAUGCUUCAACCAGAAAGCAUAUCUUGUUAAACACCAGAGAAUUCACACAGGGGAGAAGCCAUUUUCAUGCUCAGAAUGUGAGGAACGUUUUAACCAGAAAGUACAUCUUGUUAAACACCAGAGAACUCACACAGGGGAGAAGCCUUUUUUAUGUUCAGAAUGUGGGGAAUAUUUUAGUGUCAAAUCAGCUUUUAUUAUACAUCAUAGAAUUCACACAGGGGAGAAGCCAUUUUCAUGUUCAGAAUGUGGGAAAUGUUUUAACCAGAAAACACAUCUUGUUAAACACCAGAAAAUUCACACAGGGGAAAAGCCAUUUUCAUGUUCAGAAUGUGGGAAACAUUUUAGUCAUAAAUCAGAUCUUGUUAGACAUAAAAAAAUUCACACAGGGGAGAAGCCAUUUUCAUGUUCAGACUGUGGGAGACAUUUUUGUCAUAAAUCGCAUCUUAUUAGACAUGAGAGAACUCAUACAGGGGAGAAGCCAUUUUCAUGUUCAAAAUGUGGGAAAUGUUUUAACCAGAAAGCAUAUCUUGUUAAACAUGAGAGAAUUCACACAGAGGAGAAGCCAUUUCCAUGUUUAGAAUGUGGGAAAUGUUUCAUGGAUAAAUAUAAGCUUGCUAGCCAUGAGAGAAGUCACACAGGUGAGAAGCCAUUUUCAUGUUCAGAAUGUGGGAAAUGUUUUAGUGUUAAAUCAGCUCUGGUUAUACAUCAAAGAUUUCACACAGGGGAGAAGCCAUUUUCAUGUUCAGAAUGUGGGGAAUAUUUUAGUGUUAAAUCAGCUUUAGUUAUACAUCAGAGAACUCACACAGGGGAGAAGCCGUUUUCAUGUUCAGAAUGUGGGAAAUGUUUCAUAGAUAAAUAUAAUCUUGCUAAACAUGAGAGAAUUCACACGGGGGAAAAGCCAUUUUCAUGUUCAGAAUGUGGAAAAUGUUUUACCCAGAAAUCAGAUCUCCUUGCACAUCACAGAAUUCACACAGGGGAGAAGCCAUUUUCAUGUUCAGAAUGUGGGAAAUGCUUUAACCGGAAAUCAGCUCUUGUUAUGCAUCAAAAAAUUCACACAGGGGAGAAGCCAUUUUCCUGUACAGAAUGUGGGAAAUGUUUCAUAGACAAAUAUAGGCUUGCUAAACAUAAGAGAAUUCACGCAAGAGAAAAUUCAUUUUUAUGUUUGUUCUUUGUGAAGAAGAAAGAUGGCUCCAUACAUCCAUGCAUCGACUGCAGGGGUCUUAACAAGAAUACCGUAAAAAAUAAGUACCCUCUUCUUCUUAUUCCUGAAUUGUUUGACCACCUCAGGGGAGCUCAAGUGUUCUCUAAAUUAGACCUACGUGGGGCCUACAACCUGAUCAUGAUUUGUCUGGGGGAUAAGUGGAAGACUGCCUUUAACACCCUCAAAGAUGGAUCCCGAGAAGCUGUCAGCUAUUCUAAAGUGGCCUUGUCCUUCUGGUUUAAAAACAAUCCAGAGGUUCCUGGGAUUCGCCAACUACUAUCGCCAGUUCGCACCCGCAUCUCGUACUUGACAGCUCCCAUCUCUACCUUGACCCACAAAAGAGCAAAUCCCAAGAAUUGGACAGCUGAGGAUAAAUUAAAGCAGGCCUUCUCUGUGGCUCCGGUUCUCCAUCAUCCUGAUGCUAACAAGGCCGUCUCUGCUCCUGAGCGCAACUACUCGAUUAGGGACAGAGAGUUGUUAGCCAUCAAAAUGGCACUGGGAGAAUGGUAUUACCUUCUGAAGGGAGAAUCUCAUCCUAUGCCCAGCCUCUUGCACCUGACCCCCACUGGUUAUUGUUCUUCUGAACUUGAUCCUGCUGUAUCUACCGCUGUUCCUCUGUUGCUACUACUACCAACUCGACUGCUGCCAACCUCGGAAUCGUCCCCGACUACUCUCUUGCCUGAUCCUCUACUACCGUCUACCUCUCUGCUGUCGACCCAGACACCUCCACCCCGCCUCUCUCCUUGCGGUCUCCCGCUACUGGACUCCACCCGGUACACUGCCCGGUGCCCUCCCACGCAGGAGUUUGGCGCCACUGCCCAAAAGGAAAUGGCUCAACUUCAAGGCACAAUCCAGAGCCAACAGAGGGAAAUUAUCGACUUGCAGCAUCAACUGCUGGACAUACACGGCGCGGUCACAGACACCCGCAUGCCUCUCCCGUCAAAGUUUAACGGCGAUCGGCGCCAAUUUCGGGGGUUCCUCUACUUUCAGAUGCAGCCGGGCUCCUUUUCCUCGGACAGAAAGAAGAUCUUGUUCAUCAUCAACCUUCUAACUGACGAGGCCCUGCCAUGGGCAUCCCCAUAUGUGGAAUCCCACAGUCCCUUAUUGAAUAACCUAGACAACUUCACCUCAGCCAUGAGCCAAGUCGACAACCCUAACCGCUGCGCGACUGCCGAGGCUAGACCAGUUCUCAACAAUGUUACUGUGAAGAACCGGUACCCUCUCCCCCUGAUUUCUGAACUCCUCGAGAGACUUCGGGCGGCAAAAGUCUUCACUAAGCUCGAUCUCCGAGGAGUCUACAACCUGGUCCGAAUUCGCCCGGGGGACGAGUGGAAAACCACCUUCCGAACCCGCUACGGUCACUUCGAGUAUCUGAAGACCUUGAACAACAUCGUGGGCAUGUCCACAGGGUGCUACAGAAACUCUGUGAACAGUUUCUAUAUUAAAUUGGAGAAGUGUGAAUUUGAACAGACUUCCACCCAAUUCCUCGGCUAUAUUAUUUCCCCGGAAGGCUUAAGUAUGGAUCCCCGGAAGAUCCAGGCGGUGACUGAGUGGCCCGCCCCGAAGUACGAAAAAGAGACUGUCCCUUUCGUGUGGACUCCGGAGGCACAGGAGGCCUUUGCUAAACUGAAGUCCCUCUUCACCUCUGCCCCGAUCCUGGCCCACCCAAAUCCUGAAUUACCAUUUACGGUCGAGGUGGACGCCUCCGACGCUGCGGUGGGCGCAAUUCUGUCUCAACGUUCACAAGAAAAGAUGCUCCUACACCCUUGCGCUUUUUUCUCCCGCCAAAUGUCCCCCGCUAAACGGAAUUACAUCGGAAAUAAGGAACUGCUGGCAAUCAAGGACACUUUCACUGAGUGGAGACACUUGCUGGAAGGGGCCCACCAUCCCAUCUCUGUAUACACCGACCACCGGAACCUAGAAUUUAACCGCAGCGCCAAGAGACUCACCGCCAGACAGGCCAGGUGGAGUCUGGUUUUCUCCAGAUUUAAUUUUGUUAUCUCCUAUCGCCCUGGGUCUAAGAACGGCAAAGCGGAUGCUCUCUCAAGGAUGUUCUCUGAACCCUCUCAGAUCAAUGAGGCUCCGGCCGCCAUGUCUUCUACCGGAGAUGGUGACCGGGAGCCCACCAGAAAAAGUGCUGGCAAGAGGCAUCAUCUGCAGUGCCAUGACUGCCAGAUUGUGCUGGAGGACAGCUACGCUUUUUCCAGAUGCCCUCCCUGUAGGGCCAAAGCACUUCCCCAGCAGGAACCGACAGUCCAUGACGUCGUCAACUGGGUGAAGGGCUACAUGGAAACCAACCUUAGCCAAGUGAACGCUUCUAUAGAGGAGUUGAAGCAUGCCUUUGUCUCCAAGCGCGACGUCCUUCCUCUCCUCACCGGGCGAUGGAAGUAUCGGGGGCUCAGAAUGUUACCUUGUGGACUUGAGCAGUCCGCCUGCGGACAGGUUCGUCCAGACAAGGUUACUUCCCUGCAGCAAGCAAAGAGUUCUAGAGAGCUGUGUUCUAGAAUAUCUUCAGAAGGGGGCUCCAAGAGAAGGGAGCAGGUGCCCUCUUUUAAUAACAUUAACCAGGUGAUUUCCCUGCUGACUUUGGCUCCACCCCCCUCCACUGAGGAAAGAGGGCUUCAUACCCUCGACAUUUUGAGAUGUCUUAGGAUUUACCUGGAACGCUCCAAGACAAUAGUGAAGAAGACCUCUAGUGGGUGCUGUCAGGCCCCUGUGUCUGAAGGAUGGGGAAGAACCCUGAGACCAAUAAUAGGGCCUCCACCUCACCCCCUGAUCCUUGAGGAAAUCAACAGAGAGAAGAUCGUACCACUCACCAACAAGAUCAUUGAGCUACUGACUGAAGAGGUUCCUAUAAGGUGUCAGGAUGUCACCAUCUAUUUCUCCAUGGAGGAGUGGGAGUAUUUAGAAGGACACAAAGAUCUGUACAAGGAUGUAAUGAUGGGGGAUCACCGGCCCCUUACAACACCAGUUAAGGAAGAGAGAAGAACACCGGAGAGAUGUCCCAGUCCUCUUCUUCCACAGGAUGGUUCAGAAGAACAUCGCAAUGUCCCACAGAAUGAUCAGCUUGUGAAUCCGGGUGAAGAUCUGAACACUAUAUAUGUUACAGAGACAUAUGUGAGAGGUGAGGAGCAGAGGAUAGAGGACAUUCCUACAGAUAACCGCCCAGGUUACUGUACCUCCAGGAGUUCAGAAGAGAAUCCUAAAUCUUCAGAUUUAAAAGCAAAUAAUUAUGAUGUAACAGAAGAUACAAAUGAAAUCAUUAUCUCAGAUAUAUCCUCCAUAAUUUAUACCAAGAACCUAUCAUCUGAUCCUUUAAAACAGUUCCGCUCUUUAAAUUCAUCACAAACUGUUAAGCAAAACAAAAGAUACAGAAGACAUAAUCAAACAACUCACACAGGGGAGAAGCCAUUUUCAUGUUCAGAAUGUGAUAAAUGUUUUGCUCUCAAAAAAACUCUUCUUAGACAUCAGAGAAUUCACACAGGGGAAAAGCUAUUUUCAUGUUCAGAAUGUGGGAAAUGUUUUACCCAGAAAUCAGAUCUCCUUGCACAUCACAGAAUUCAUACAGGGGAAAAGCCAUAUUCAUGUUCAGAAUGUGAUAAAUGUUUUUCUCUCAAAAAAACUCUUCUUAGACAUCAGAGAAUUCACACAGGGAAAAGGCCAUUUUCAUGUUCAGAAUGUGAGAAACAAUAUAGCUUUGAAUCAGAACUUGUUAGACAUCAGAAAAUUCACACAGGGGAAAAGCUAUUUUCAUGUUCAGAAUGUAAGAAAUGUUUUACCCAGAAAUCAGAUCUCCUUGCACAUCACAGAAUUCACACAGGGGAGAAGCCAUUUUCAUGUUCAGAAUGUGGGAAACAAUAUAGCUUUGAAUCAGAAUUUGUUAGACAUCAGAGAAUUCACACAGGGGAAAAGCCAUUUUCAUGUUCAGAAUGUGGGAAACAUUAUAGCUUUGAAUCAGAACUUGUUAGACAUCAGAGAAUUCACACAGGGGAAAAGCCAUUUUCAUGUUCAGAAUGUGGGAAAUGUUUUAUCCAGAAAUCAGAUCUUCUUGCACAUCACAGAAUUCACACAGGGGAGAAGCCAUUUUCAUGUUCAGAAUGUGGGAAAUGCUUUAACCGGAAGUCAGCUCUUGUUAUGCAUCAAAAAAUUCACACAGGGGAGAAGCCAUUUUCCUGUACAGAAUGUGGGAAAUGUUUCAUAGACAAAUAUAAGCUUGCUAAACAUGAGAAAAUUCACGCAAGAGAAAAGUCAUUUUUAUGCUAAGAAUGUGAGAAAUGUUUUACCCACAAAUCCCAUCAUCUUGCACAUCAAAACUCCUCAGGAAAGCACUUAAAUUUAUUAACAAAUUCUACUUGGGAAAAAUAAAAUAGUUACAGUCAAAGUAAAUCCAUAUUUUAUACGCGUGGAAAAUAAUUAAAUUAUGACUACUGUAUGGAAGGGUUCAGAUAUCCGCUUGCCUGUUGAUUUAAACACACUUUCCACCGUCUUGAUUAGUGUUCCACUUCCAAAUUCUUGCUUUUAUUUUAUGCAAAUGACUUGUUUGGUGCAACAAAUGCAUCAACGUUGCACAUCCUAGCACCUAAAGCUCCGCUCCAUUUGGCUUUUGGAUGCCCCUCACCAAGCUUCCAGCACCAGGGCCUGGCAUGGGAGAUGUAAUUUCACCUGGGGCUGUGUUCUUGCACGUGCACUGACACUGAAAAUCAGUGCAUGCGCAGUACAGCCCUGAUGCUUGCCACAGAUACUUAGUACAGAUGUCCUUAGCCUUGACAAGCAUCAGGGCUGAACUGUGCAUGCACUGAUUCCCGAGCUGAGGGGUGCAGCCAACAGCCAAUGGGAGUGGAGCUUUAGUUGCUACAAGGAGCAAUGGUGAGGCCCUUGUUGCUCCAAGCAGGCCAUUUGCAUAAAGUAAAAGCAGGAAUGUCUCUGUGUAAUGAGGCCACUGAUUGAGAUAGAGGAAAGUAUGUUUAAAACAGCAGGCAAGCGCACAUCUUAAAAGUCAUUUGAUUACUAUGCAGGUAUGUGGUGAUUAAUUGAUCUCUAAUUUUGGCUAUUUUAGUUUCUACCACUUCUAAACUUCUAGCCAUACCAGAUGAGCAUUGGUGCGUAAUGAGAGCUUACCAGCAUCUGUUUCUUUACUUUGUAUGAUAUAACUAUAUAUCUAUUAUCACUGCUCUGUAAAUAAUUUAUUCCGUUAGCAUUGAGUAAGCCCAUUUACUCCUGUAGCCCAAAAUCCACUGUAAGAAAAAUUAAAAUUAUAUGCAAUUACC